GGUAAUAUAGAGUUUUGUUAAAGGUUCGGCACUAGCACACUUUAAUACAGCAGUCAACAUUCACAGAUACACCCAAAAUUUAUGAGAAUGCAAGAAUUUCACAGAAAGUCGUUACAGCCGUGCGUAAAGAAUCUUCCCCGUGCACCGCUUCCAGGAGACAGUGCGCCGCAGCAAGUUUGCAAGCAGGUGCCGGACACCCCCGUAAAGCCGCCACCCAAGCCCGAACCCCGAAGAAAGCACUACCGUCAAUCCGGACCUUUGAUCAAGCCGCACGGUCACACCUGCCCUAGGAGUACGGACUUUUUGCUGGGACGAUCAGUAAGAUCGUGUACCACUCAACAACCACAGUCGCAGCUCCGGCAUUCCCUAUUGUGCUGUAACAGCCCAGGGUGCUAGCGAGAAUGCGCGGAUAAUCGUUUGGAGACCCAGAAAGGUGACUGAAAAUACACGAAAGAAUUGCGACAUUCAGCAACUAGCCUCCGCAUGGUGUGUUUUUCAUUGGUUUUGAUAGGAGGGCUUGACCGGACUGGUACCAGCUUGUGGGUUCCGUCUCCGCACACCGUGGCUUCUCACUCCGUGUACUCGGGGCGCCGUCUCCUGAUAGUCCUGCUGCUGGCGGGGUCGUGCGGCGUGCUGGCUUCGAAAAUCCGGGAAUACAGACGGGGACGCGGCCCGGCCAAGUGCGGAAGUGUAUGCGGCGGUGAGAGCGGGACCGAAUGUGAGGCCGGGUGUAGAUGCCUCAAAUUCCUCAACACGGGCCUCUGCUGGCCCAUGUUGGAGCAACCCAAAUGCGGCGGUGGCUGCGGCCCCCUCUUGAAGACCUACUGUGAAAGCGGGUGUACCUGCAUCUAUGACGGCUUCGAUGCUUUGGGCUUCUGCAUGCCGUACGGGACUGCCGAGUGCGGCGGUGAGUGCAGCACCAUGUUGGGCACCAGAUGUCCGGCCGAAUGUACAUGCGUACUCCGCCAGCCCCACAUAGCGGAUGGUGGUGGCACCUGCCGGCGAAUAAUGUCCGCCCGAGAGUUGUUAGGGCCGAGGUUCCAGGGAAACUGGUCCGACGCAGAAUUUAACGAGUGGAUUUCGCAGCGAAACUGGACCGAUGCCGAAUGGACCACCUGGUAUUGGCGCGUACGCGCCGUGGUUCCUUAGUGGCUAUGGUGGUAGGCUGCUAAGUGCGAGUUCGCGGGAUUGAUCUCCCCGCCACGGCUGCUGCAUUUCGAUGGGGGCGAAAUGCGAAAACACCCGCGUGCUUAGAUUUAGACGUACGUUAAAGAACCUCAGGUGGUCGAAAUUUCCGGAGUGCCCCACUACGGCGUGCCUCAUAAUCAAAAACUGGUUUUGGCACGUAAAACUACAUUAUUUAAAUUUUUAUUGCGGUGGAUGAACGGCCAGCAUUCUUUCCUCUGGACAUGAACCAAUCCAUUACUUCUUUUUUUUUCGUCGUUCACUCGGAAUUACAAAUUUUAUGCUUUUUAUGCUUUGAAUACAUGUUGUCCUGCUCCUUUUUGUUAAUAAAGUCAGGCGUCGUGUUUCAGUUGC